AUGGCACUGCUUACUGAUCUCGUAAACCUUAAUCUCUCCGACAGCACGAAGAAGGUGAUUGCUGAGUACAUAUGGGUAGGUGGAUCUGGUAUGGAUCUAAGAAGCAAAGCAAGGACUCUCGCCGGACCCGUGGACGAUCCCUCGAAGCUUCCGAAAUGGAAUUAUGAUGGAUCAAGCACUGGCCAGGCUCCCGGAGAAGAUAGUGAAGUGAUCCUAUAUCCUCAAGCAAUUUUCAAAGAUCCAUUCCGGAGGGGAAAUAAUAUAUUGGUCAUGUGCGAUGCUUACACUCCGGCUGGUGAGCCUAUUCCGACGAACAAGCGGCACAAUGCAGCCAAGGUUUUUAGCCAUCCUGAUGUUGCGGUGGAAGAACCAUGGUACGGUAUUGAGCAAGAGUACACCCUUUUGCAAAAGGAUGUUAAGUGGCCCAUUGGAUGGCCCAAGGGAGGUUAUCCUGGACCUCAGGGCCCGUACUACUGUGGAAUUGGAGCUGACAAAGCUUUUGGACGUGACAUUGUGGAUGCACAUUACAAGGCAUGCCUUUAUGCAGGAAUCAACAUAAGCGGCAUCAAUGGAGAAGUGAUGCCCGGCCAGUGGGAGUUCCAAGUUGGACCUUCUGUUGGCAUCUCAGCUGGUGAUGAGUUGUGGGUAGCUCGAUACAUCCUCGAGAGGAUCACUGAGAUUGCAGGGGUGGUGGUAUCAUUUGAUCCCAAGCCAAUUGAGGGUGACUGGAAUGGAGCCGGUGCCCACACAAACUACAGCACCAAGUCUAUGAGGAAAGAAGGGGGCUUUGAAAUCAUCAAGAAAGCUAUUGAAAAGCUUGGGCAUAGGCACAAAGAACAUAUUGCUGCGUAUGGUGAAGGCAAUGAGCGCCGUCUCACUGGAAAACAUGAAACUGCCGAUAUCAACACCUUCAAAUGGGGUGUUGCAAACCGUGGUGCAUCCAUUCGAGUUGGUCGGGACACCGAGAAAGAAGGCAAGGGAUACUUCGAGGACAGGAGGCCUGCUUCUAAUAUGGACCCGUACGUGGUCACCUCAAUGAUUGCAGAGACGACUAUCCUCGGGAAGCAGUGA